UUUUGACAAAUAUUAAAGUGCUUUGUCAUCUAUUUUUUCACAAUAGGCAUGGAAGUACUGUUUAUUAUAUUUUUAUAGGCUUUGGAGGGCUCAUAAUUUGUGGCUAUCUUCUAAUUGCAAAUAUAAAUUGCAAUUAAACCAGAUUCUAUCCAGUUGAUUUUUCUCAUCCUGCUCUUAAUCCUUUUUGUUUCCUUCCUCAGUGGGCUAGGGGUUGUCCUUCAUACUAGCUAAGCUGAGAAUGACAGCAUAGUCCUUUUGUGACACAGACUGUGAUGUUACCAAAAGCCCAAUUGCCCUGUGCCAAAGAAAUAAAGAAGCCAUCUUCUGAUCAGUCUGAUGACAAUGCAGACCCUAAAUCUGAGAAUGAGUCCACAGGGAAUAAAAGCUGGAGUGAGAUGCCUGCAGUGGAGUUCCAAAAGGAGAUGUGGAUGAAGGCCCCUAUGGGGCCCAGGCCGGCUUAUCUGAGUUCAAAACCAAGAGUCCAAACGAAAGGCCUCUUUACUGCAAUCUUGGAUAGUCUGUCAUGGGCCCAGGGGACAAGGCUAUGUCGCUUUGAGAAGAAUGCCCUGUAUAAUACCAUAAAGCUACUGUGCACCCUGCUUCUUUCUCUCAUCUGGAACUUUGGCUGUCAAUUGCUCGAGAUCUCUAAUGUCCUGACGAUUCAGCGGCUGACAUCAUCUCUGGUUAUCUGGACAGCUCAGCUUUUCACCCUGCUGAGAGAAAAGGUGGUGAAAAUCUUGGAUUCCCUGAGACUAGAAAUCAGAGGGCUGUCUGCUUCAUUCACUGGGAGGAGAUACGAGAAAACUGAAGCAAAGUGAUGCAGCAAUAUGAAUGGUGGUUCCAAACUGGAGAACUACAUUGGUGUGCAAAUAAAACAAGGGGGGAUGUUGCCACUAGCAGUAACCUAUUAAAUGUCCUUGAGAGCUGUUAGUGUGGAGCAGAGGCAUAGGAAUUCUCUAAUCUUGACUAUGUGUUCCUUUGUUUUUUUCUUUUCUUUUAAUCUACACACAGCAUCCACACACACAUUACAACUGGCUUCCAUGUGGAUAGUAUCAAUAGACCAAGUACUGUCAGUUGAGCUGACAUCUUUUGCCAGCACCAAGCUCUCAUUU